AUGAAGGAUUAUGAUUGUUAUAAAAUUUAUCCAAAUUGUACAUGUAAUUUUUUUAAUUUUAAUAAAAUUUGUGAUCAAUGUGAUUCAACAUGUGAAUAUAAAUUAGCUGCUUGGGAAUGUAGAAAAAUAUCUUCAGAUAUUGUUGGCCCAUUUGAAUUUGAUUCAGAUACUGAAAAAACUACAUUUGUGAAUAAACUGGGUAUGACUUUAACAAAUGGACAAGGAUAUUGCAUUAAAGCACAAGAUAGUAAAUAUAUUGAUGAAUAUUCCAAUAAUAAAUAUAUUAUUAAGCAAAAACUUUCAUAUAAUACAUUUACUUUAAAUGAUCUUCUUAAUAUAAUAUCGCAAGAUCAAUAUGUAAUAAAACAAAGAAAUAAAUCUCCUAUAAAAAUAGUUUCAAAGUUCAAUAUAUUUACUGGACAAGAUUCUCUUGAUGAUUUAUUUUCAUUUAGAAAAAAAGUAUAUAGCAAUAUAGUUUUAGAACAUCAAGAAAAAAGAUAUGCAUUACAUAG